AUGGCGCUGGAUAGCUUCUUUCACAACAAGAUCGAGAGCAUGAAGCUCGAGAUCAUACAGGGCCAAGCUGUUCUACGAAGACUGGAAGCUCAGAGAAAUGACUAUAACUCAAGGGUGCGACUGUUACGAGAGGAGCUGGGUCUGCUACAGCAGCCAGGGUCGUAUGUGGGAGAGGUGGUAAAAGUCAUGGGGACAAAAAAGGUCCUCGUGAAGGUGCACCCAGAGGGCAAAUAUGUCGUCGAUAUUGCAGAUAGCGUUGAUAUCACAAAACUUGUUGUUGGCAAGCGUGUCACCCUGCUUUCCGAUUCUUACAAGCUCGAAAAGAUGCUUCCUUCCUCGGUCGAUCCCCUGGUAUCUCUGAUGAUGGUAGAAAAGGUACCUGAUAGCACAUACGACAUGAUUGGUGGUUUGGACCAACAGAUUAAGGAGAUCAAAGAAGUCAUUGAGCUUGGAUUAAAACACCCAGAAUUGUUCGAGUCGCUGGGUAUAGCGCAGCCAAAAGGUGUGCUUCUCUACGGCCCACCUGGAACAGGGAAAACGCUACUCGCCAGAGCUGUGGCACAUCACACCGAUUGUAAAUUUAUCAGAGUUUCUGGGUCUGAGUUGGUGCAGAAGUAUAUUGGAGAGGGUUCGAGAAUGGUUCGAGAAUUGUUCGUCAUGGCAAGAGAACAUGCACCAUCGAUCAUCUUCAUGGACGAAAUCGAUUCCAUAGGAUCGUCUCGUGUCGAAGGUUCAUCUGGUGGAGAUUCAGAAGUUCAGCGGACUAUGUUGGAACUGCUCAAUCAAUUGGACGGAUUCGAGCCUACAAAAAACAUCAAAGUCAUUAUGGCGACAAAUCGACUGGAUAUUCUGGAUCCUGCGCUGCUGCGUCCUGGACGUAUUGACCGAAAGAUUGAAUUCCCACCGCCAACCGUCGAGGCUAGAGCAGACAUUCUCAGGAUCCAUAGCAGAAGCAUGAACCUCACCAGAGGUAUCAACUUGACGAAGGUUGCUGAAAAGAUGAAUGGUUGUUCGGGGGCCGAGCUGAAGGGUGUGUGCACAGAGGCGGGUAUGUACGCCCUGAGGGAACGUAGAGUUCACGUCACACAGGAAGAUUUUGAUCUAGCAACGGCCAAGGUAUUAAACAAGCAUGAUGACAAGGAGACGUCGAUAGCCAAAUUGUGGAAGUAG